CAGCGUGGACACAGCAGAGCGGGGUGGAGGGAGGGAGGCCGGCGGGUGCGGGGCCACAUUUAACAUGGAGACCCCGGCGGACCUAUUGUCCAUGAUUGGAGAAGGGAAGGAAAACAAAGGAACAGAAAGACCCACUGAAGAGGAUGCAAAGGGGAAGGAGGCAAAGGAUUACGCACUGUUUGAAAACCUGUGUGAUACAGUUGUGUCAUCUCUAGUACUACUGCAGGGUAGCAUCACUGAGCUUAUGGAUUUCAAAGAUCAACUGAUGAAUCAUCCGCUUCCGAGCAACCUCCUAACUCAUUUAGUUGUUACUACAGGGAGGAUUUUCCGAAGUGCCUCUGACAUGUUUACUCCGACCUCUGAGCUUGUCCGUCUUGUACGAUUCUACGCUACUCCCUGGGAAGAAAAGAAAGAAAUCCUGCAGCGCAUAUAUGUGAAUCAUGAGAGGAAAAAGCAUCAGCUGAGUGUGGCAGUGAGGAAACUGCAACUUCUUGAUACUCAGACCAAGUGGUUUGCUCGGGAACGUCAAAUCCUGAACUGGGAGAAGUUGUUUGUAAAGCUGACGACAACAAAGGCCCAUGGGAGACGGUGGAAAUUUCAGAUAGAACAUCUGAAAAGGAAAGGUGCACUGAGCUCAGAAUCUCAAAAGUUUAUAGGGACUCCUACUCGGUCAGAGAAGAGAGAUGGACAGACUGACCCCAAGCAACAUGUUGUAUCAAAAGAGACAGAAUCUUCAAAGAGUCUGGCUGUCAGAGAGGAUCAAGGGGUUGACACAGAUGGAAGCAAUGAGGACGAAGAUGAGGAGAAUGAGGACAGUGAUUCGGAGCAGGUCCCAGCAGUGAGAAACACCAUUGAUGGUGAAGCACAGACAGAAGGGCAGACAGAAGAGCAGGGGACAUGGACAGGUGACCCUCUCCACUGCAGAUUUCUCAGUGUGUCAGCGACCAGGUUUUAUGGCUGCUUUGAGCAAGGUCUGUCCUGCUUCCUAACAUAUCAACAGGAACGUCAGCAGAUACAGCUUGUCCAGGCCCAGGCCAGGCAGAAAAACAAAGCAUUAAAACAAGUUAAAAUAAAUGAAAGUAAACAAGAUUUGCCUCUAACUGGGUCAGACUCUGGAAUUUUAAAAGCACCAGAAGUACCUAAGAAUGAUUUUGCAAAGUCAGCUGUGGAGUCUAUGCUGACCGGUACUCAAGGAGCAAAGUUUGAAUUGACAAAGGAUUCAGCUGUGGUGGAGGUGUUGCUUUUUCAUGAUCAGAAAGGAGUGAUUGCUGAGGGAGAUUUCAAAUUGCCAGAGGAUCUACUUAUGGAACAGAAACAUGUAAGUGACAAAGAAAUUCAACUUUUUACUCCUGGAACGGCACGAUUACCAGCAAGAAUCAUUGCAGCUUUAUGCAUCAGCCUCAAAGUAGAAGAGGUGGAGGAAUCAUUGUCAAAGGACCAGUCCACUGAGGCUUGGAGUCUACAAGAGCUUGUUUUGGAUGUCACAGGGAUAGACCUUAAGGAGACCAGACAGAAUGAGCUUGAGAAAUGCCUCAGGAAACCUGAGCUAAGAGAAAGCUGCACUUCUGCCAUGUCAUGGGCUUCCUCCUCCGUGGCAAAAUCAGGUUUGGUUUCCGAGGAACAAAUGCAGCUGUUGAUAGAGGAACACAAUUUCCAGCUCUCCCAGCUACAGGAACAGCACCAAAAUCAAAUGAAGAGCCUUCUAGAGUCUUUCAGAACAUCUGUACCAGACUGUGCACUCGAUCAAACUUUCUUGACAGAUAUGCUGGAAAGGAUACCAAGGUCAGAGAGCGCACAUUUGACAACUGAGAAUAAGAAUUGUGAUGUUGAGGCAAAUGGAGAAUGGACACAGAAUCAUUCAGCUCGAGAUGUCAGAUCAGCACUAACUGGUCCAAAACCCCCACCAAAAAGUGCUGUUGCAAGACAAAAGAUCAGCGUGAGCAAGAGUCUUCUGCUGAAAAAGAAACUUCCAGAGGAUGUUUGGGAGAGAAUGAAAAUACUGGAAGAGAACAUGUGGAGAAAUAAAAAUAAUACAAUUGAGAAGCUUCAGUCUGAGACAAGCAGAAAACUGGAGAAACAGCUCUCAGUUCAAAAGAGACUUCAACUGCAUUCAGACAACGUGGCACAUGAUAGCAGAAGCAAAGAUGAAAUCUGCCUCCCAGCACUGUUCAUGCCAAUGAAGAUCAGACAGGUAUUUAUGCCAAAGGCUCGUUUAUACUUCCAUCCAUCAGGUUCGGCAGGCUUCUUCCGCCUAACGCAAGCGCCAUCAGUUUUCAGCCUUCCUCCUUUGGGCUGUAGCACCAGGAUGUCUGUUCUGAAUCUGUUGAACCCAAGUGUCACAUUACCAAUGACGUCUGCUGUUCAGGAUAACUCUACCCCAGAAGAAGCUGAGACUGUGAUAAACAGAGUGACACCAGAGCCAUACCCCUGAAUCAAUCUUGGGCAGGUAGUAUGAGCAUACCUGAAGAGAAAUAUUAACUGAACCAAGAUUCUGAAGAUUGGAAGGUUUUGACCGAAUCUGUUGGAUGGGAUUGAUUGAAAGAUACAGCAUGGAAACAAGUCCUUUGGCCCACCGAUAUCUUGUUGACCAUUCUCACAACUUCUGUCACCAGGGAGUGCAAGGGCAAUAUGUGCAUAAGAAAACCAUUCUCUGUAAUUUGUGGUCUGAGGCCUCCAAGCCUCAAAGAGCCAUUUGGAAACAUAUAUCCUUCAUUGUCACUGGAUUUAAAUCCUGUAACUGCUUUCUCAAGGUCAAUUAGAGAUGAGCAAUAAAUGCUGACUUUGCCGGCACUCUGGUGUCACUCUGUUUAUAUCAUCCUAUUCAGAUAAUACCUUGGGACUGAACAUAUCUUCUCCUUUGUUUUCUCACUGUUAAAUGAAAUCUAGGAAUUUUCCUGCUACUGAUGCUUAAACUUACGCUUUACAUUACUUAGAUUUUUAUUACCUUUCUUUUUUUCAUAUUGUAAUGUUUAAAUUGAGUUGUAACUUUUUCUCCCCUUAAUCUUGACGUCAUGCUAUCUCUAGCAUAACAUUGUCAUUCCCCACCAGUCACACUAUCAAUUUAGGGUUGCCAAUAUGUCCUUAUUCUCUACAACAAUCAAAUUUAAACUGUUUGUAAUGUGUCGGCUUGACCUUUAUUACCUUCAUCUUUAAUCAAUUUACGAACCUUUCCUCUUCCAUGUCCUCAGCAAUUCUUUAACAGUUGUUCGAUCUUUGCCCUCCUUAUUAUGAGUGGUUACAAAAUGCGACCUCAACCACAUUUGCAUUAUUACACCUCUGUUUAUACUGAAAUUAUUGGCUUUUGGUGAAAAUUGAAAUAAAAUUAAAUGGACAUGAUUUUGGACGAUAAAGUUAUUUCUUUCAGCGGUGACUUUAGACUUU